UGUCGCCAGCGCCUGCCCGGCUUCCGCUCUUCCCGUUUCGCGACGGCGGCGUGUUUUUCCCUGAGGGUCCCCGGAGAAGGGAGGGAAGGAGGGAGCAAGGCAGAAACGGGGUCGUGUCGGGGGGCGGGUGUCCGGGAAGGAGGCACCGUCGCCAUGAGGCCGAAGAAGAAAGGAGAGCUGAGCAAAGCAGAGCUGAUGAUGAUGACCAUAGCGGAUGUCAUCAGACAACUGAUCGAGGCACAUGACCAGGGCAAAGAUGUGAACUUAAACAAGCUCAAGACAAAAACAGCUGCUAAAUAUGGGCUUUCUGCCCAGCCCCGCCUGGUGGACAUCAUUGCUGCAGUGCCUCCCCAGUAUCGCCGAGUCCUGGUCCCCAAACUGAAGGCAAAGCCCAUCCGUACUGCAAGUGGGAUUGCGGUUGUGGCUGUGAUGCCUCUCGCCCCCCAUGGUACCCUCCUCAGAUGGUCGUCCAGCCUUGGUACGAUUUCCCCCCCUUCCAUUCUGAAAGAUGAGAAGGUUCCUCUUUCCUCCAGCAGGAAAUACUGUCCAGGAGGUCCUGAUUCCGACUUUGAGUAUUCAACCCAGUCUUACACCGGAUACGAGCCAACUUCAAUGAGGGCCAUUCGCGCCAGAUACGAUCCUUUUCUUCAGACCAGACACCGGGUGGAACAGUUGAAGCAGCUGGGUCACAGUGUGGACAAGGUCGAAUUCAUUGUGAUGGGUGGGACAUUCAUGGCACUUUCCGAAGAAUACAGAGAUUACUUUAUCCGAAACUUACACGAUGCUUUGUCGGGCCACACGUCUAACAAUGUGGCAGAAGCUGUUCGGCUGGCUGGUGGAUGGACUGCCGGUCCUGCAGCCAAAACGCUGCUCACGCCCCGGGUCCGGUCCCAGAUAGCCGACUCGAGGUUCAUCCAGGUCUUGAGAGCAGAGACUUUUGUCAGCAGUUCUGAAGGCAAUGCCGUCCCCGUUGUCCUCGACAUGAUCGGCCAAUAUAGGCUGGGGACGCAACGGCGUGAUGUGGCCAGAGACACAAACAGGGGCCACACGGUGAAGGCUGUGUGCGAAUCGUUCCACUUAGCCAAAGACGCCGGAUUCAAGGUGGUGGCGCACAUGAUGCCGGAUCUGCCCAACGUGGGGCUGGAGAGAGACAUUGACCAGUUUGUGGAGUUUUUCGAGAACCCCGCCUUCCGCCCGGACGGCAUGAAGCUGUACCCGACCCUCGUCAUCCGGGGCACCGGCCUGUAUGAGCUCUGGAAAACCGGCCGGUACAAGAGUUACCCUCCGAGCACGCUGGUGGAUUUGGUGGCGAGAAUUCUGGCCCUCGUGCCCCCGUGGACUCGAGUGUAUCGAGUGCAGAGGGAUAUCCCCAUGCCUUUAGUCAGCUCUGGAGUCGAGCAUGGUAACCUGAGGGAACUCGCUUUGGCUCGGAUGAAGGACUUGGGAACCCAGUGCCGAGAUGUGAGGACGAGAGAAGUCGGAAUACAGGAGAUUCAUCACAAAGUGAGACCUUAUCAGGUGGAACUGGUCCGGAGAGAUUACGUGGCCAACGGCGGCUGGGAGACCUUCCUCGCUUACGAGGAUCCCGAGCAAGACAUCCUGAUUGGGCUCCUCCGGCUGCGGAAGUGUUCGGAGGAGACCUUCCGGGCGGAGCUGAAGGGAGGCGUCUCCAUCGUCCGAGAGCUUCACGUCUACGGGAGCGUCGUUCCCGUCAGUAGCCGGGACCCCUCCAAGUUCCAGCACCAGGGCUUCGGGAUGCUGCUGAUGGAGGAAGCCGAGAGAAUAGCGAAGGAGGAGCACGGUUCCCGGAAGGUGGCUGUUAUUUCAGGUGUGGGGACCAGGGAUUACUACCGGAAGAUCGGCUACGAGCUGGAAGGACCGUACAUGGUGAAGAGUCUAGACGGAUGAGCUGAUCCAGCAGAUAGACACCUUCCCGAAGGCUUACUGACUCUUUCCACUGUCCGGCUUUCCCACCCCCAGCUGGGGAGGGAUCCUGCUGUCGUAGGAACUUUUGCUUUGAUUGAACUUUAGACUGUUUGUUAACAGGAUUGUUUUGAUCUAGUUCCUGUAUUUUGACAUGUUAAGGAACCAGAGGGACAGAGAGCUAAGAGUCCCCUUGUCCUGCCACAGGCAAGCAACAAUUGAAUUCUUACAGUAGCCACCUUUCAGGGCCUUUGGUUUUCGUUCUUUCGCUCUCAGCGCUGGAAAAGAUGCAGCCAACGUGAACUUCAUCGGCUGCAGAUGCUUGGAUCCAAAGAGGCCUCGGCUUUUUUGAACAAAGGUUUUCUCACCUUGUUUGCAGAGUGCACUUGGUUCCUUUUUAGGAUAGUGUUGAAUCCAGAUGGGGGAAUUUCUCCUGGGUCAUAUAUCUCAGCCCGUUCUGCGUUGGCCAAGGUCGCCGGCCUUCACCUCUCAAAAUGUUCCGAAGAUUUCCGGGUCGAGGUUCAAAGGCUGAUCGGCCGUUUGCAGGCACUCGGGCAGCCAAGGAGAGGUUCGCGGGCAGCCUUUCCAAAUGGGUGUCUGGUCUGCAAAGCAACCCUGUAAAAACUACUCAUGUCAUUAAAACAUAAUUUCCAAA